UUGAAGGGAGCAGCCACUGAACGCUGACUCCAGUGCGCGCUAAAUUUAAAGUUCACGCUCUGCGUAAAACUGAACACAAACUUAAAAGAAGUUUCCCCCGGAUUUGAAACAGAUCAUGCGAUGUAAUUUCUCUUUAAGACAUAUCAAAUCUCGAAAGUUAUGUUUACAGUUCAGAAAACUUCCUGACGCUUUAGUUCCGUGUCAACAACGCAAAUAGUUUGGGACUUUCCAACACAGGCGCACAGCUGUCCGGGGCUUGUUUUUGACCACACAAUGGCUGCUAGUAAAACUGGGAUUUGUUGUUGCUCGGCUUGGAUGUGACUAAAUCCGGGUGGAUCCUUGGCUGUCAGAACGUGAGCAUAAUGUGAUGGAGUGAUAUUCCCAAAUGGGGGGUGUACUCCGUCUGUGGUUCCUGGCGAGUUUAUGUCAGGUGGUCUUACUAACCUGUGAACAGCAUUUUAAGCCUGUUGAGGUAGAUGUUGUUUUUCAGUCCUUCCCCUCCACAUCAGAUCCAGACACCUACACAGUAACCUGCAGGGCUGCAAAUAACUAUCUGGUGUAUGUGGAGCCUAUUGAUCAUGCAUCAUGCUCCCCUGACUGCAAAAUGACCCUGCAAUUGGUUGAGGACCCCAAAGGAUAUACCAUUACAUUGAAAGCCUGUAGAAACGAUACAAUACUUGAAACAAAGACUUUUGACUUAGUUCCAGUCUCCCUGUCCUCCCUUCAUGUGUACACCUCAACUACUUCUGUUCUCCUGACAUGGAAGCUUCAAAAACAACACAGCCUCUCCACCCUCAGUCAAUUCAACACUCACACACAAUCUGUCACACACAUCUUCAACUUCAACUCAUCAGAGACAAAAGACCAAGACAAGUACGAGAUGAAAGGUCUCCAGCCUGGCACGCACUUCAAGAUCAAAGUUAUGGUUACAACACACCUCCAAGACAUUAAUUUGACUUUGAAGCAGAGACUCAGCAUCAGCUUGGAAACAGCCCAGUGUCCAUCUGGCUGGUUGGCCAAUGAGAGAAGCUGCCACACUGUGAGGAGGACUGGUUUGACCUGGAGGGAUGCCCAGCACAGCUGCAGAGACCUGGCCGCUGGAAGUCAACUGGCUGACCUGAAGACCCCGGAAGAUCUGCUUUUUAUGUCUUCGCACCUGCUGAGACACAACAACCUGCUUCUGCUGUGGACUGGCCUCAAUGACAAGAAAGAGGAAGGACGACCUCUCUGGUCUGAUGGCUCAGCCUACAACCUGACAAACGCUAUGAUGUCAUCACUGCCGGCCAAUGAAAUGGACUGUUUUGCUCUUCAGAGGAAUGCCACAGGACCAGGAUAUUUUCUCACUCCAUUUUUCUGUAACAUCCCCUUACCCUUCAUCUGCCAGUACCAAAUCCCCUCAGCCCCUGCACAUUUCACCUUUGACCUGGUUCAGGUGACAGAGCAACAUGUUGAGCUUCGUUGGAGUGACCUCUUACCUUUGAACUCACUUAAUCUUACAUCGUUUGGGAUAUUCCUUCAGUAUCAAGAGGAGGCCAGUGAAGAACUGGGCCAAGUUGCAGAAAAUGGAAGCUUGAAGUCAAAGGAUAAAAAGGAGGCACAGAGCCAGAGCAGUAAUAAAAAGAUUGUCAGGGUCCCUAUUUCCCUGUCAUCAAGAGGCGUGACUGUGGCAGGUCUGUCUCCAGGUAGAGUCUACUCCUUCACUCUUCGAGCCUCUCACCCUGCUGGACCCGCCUGGAGCUUAGCACAAACACAGACUGCGUUUACAAAGCCUCUUCCUCCUCUUAAUAUCACUGUUGGAACCGUAACUGUCAAUCAAAUCAUGAUCCACUGGAUGCAGACGGAUGCACAGUCAAAGGUUGGAUGUACGUUUAUUGUGCGUUAUGUGGACAUGACUUCAAAACAAGAGAGGACAGUUGGAAUGAGCAGCAUCUCCAGGUCAUCUGACACAACUGGAUUACAGUCAUACACUGCGGUGAUUGGAGGGCUCAAGUCUUACAGGAGAUACACGGUUGAAGUUUACACAGUCACUCAGCAUGGGAUAGAGAGCUGUGGACAUACUCCUGUGGCUCUGCAGACUGAGGUGGAAGCCCCUCACGGUCUAGUGGUGUCAAGCAGGACGGGGAACCUCACAGUCUGUUGGUCCACUCCACCUGAUGACCUACCAGACGGUUAUAACAUCAAAUCCCAACCUCUCAUUAACCCCCCUUUGACUUUUCCGUCUUCACUGUGGAUAAACCAGUCCAGUCCUGCUGCACUCUGGGUAAACAAGUCUGUGUGUGUUAAUUUGGGCCUAUUCACUCCAGGUCAGACAUAUGAAGUUGCAGUGGUCUCAAUGAUGGAAAAGGACAGGAGUCAGAAGACCAGCAUCUUUCACACUGCAGAUCCAUUGCCAGUUCAGGUGGCUAUUCCUCUUUCAGUGGGCACAAACUCUGCACAGCUGUUUAUCCAGCAUCCACAGCUGGGUCUGAUUGAUGGGGUCAAAGUGUGUGCAUGUCCAGGAGAGUGUGACAGUGCAUGUGAGGGUUUGUGUGAGCACACAUGUGACUGGUUCUCCCUCCCUGCUGGUGCUCAUAACUCACAUAUCAUAACUCUUAGCAACCUCAGCCCAGGAUCAGAAUACCGGCUAAAGGUGCACAGCACUAGCGCAGAGCAGGUGGGACCCCCUUACUACACCCGCCCCAUCAGAACAGGGCUGGUUCCUCCUAACAGAGUGAGGGAGGGUGUGGUGACAGAGUCAUCCAUAGAGCUGCUUUGGGAUCCAGCACAAGGACAGCCUCACAGCUAUGAGGUCAUCUGCCUCAACUGCGAGCACUCACAAAUGGUGCUGAAAGUGUUCGGACAGAGUGCAACGUUUUCUAAUCUGACUCCUGGCCAACCCUACCACUUUGCAGUGCGAACAGAGAAGGAGUCUUUCCUAGACAGUUCUCCCAUCACUAUUAACAUCACAGCAGCUCCCAGCUCAGUCGAGUUGUCAGUUGUCAAUAAAACCACAUCAUCAUUGUGUAUUUGUUGGAGCAUGGUCAGGGGAGUAGUUAGCGGAUUCCUCCUGUCAAUCAAAAACACAACAUUCAUUCAAGAGCUGAACGUUUCUCUUCAAGAGCCCAGAUUGUGCUGCUUUGAAGGCCUUGUUCCUGGAGGACAAUAUACAGUUGAAGGAAUAAGCACCAGCAGGGGAAGACAGAGUAAAGCUGCUUAUUUAAUCCUCCAUACAAUCCCAGAGGUGCCACAGGGAGUGACUCUUUCAGAGCAGGCAGUGACUUCAGUGUUUGUCACCUGGACGCCACCACCAGGACAGGUGGAGGGGUACAAGCUCAUUGUUGGCCUGCUGUCUGUGGACAGGAAGUCAUGGAUGGAGGUGCUUGUCCAGAUCACAAGUUAUGAGAUAAGGAAUCUGAUCCCGGGGUCAGACUACGGUGUCAGCGUUCAGAGUGUGCUGGGCUUAGACACCAGUAAGGCGGUGCACAGAGAGUUCAGCACACGCCCAGCAGGAAUAUGUUCCCUUCAUUUAGGAAGCAUAAACUCCUCUUCUGUGUCCUUGAGCUGGGACGGUGCAUUUGGAGAAUUUGACUUUCACAGAGUCACUGUGACCAACACCUCCCUCACAUACACACUCGCCAUUCCCAAGGAGGAGCGGGUUGCCGUGGUUACAGGGCUGGUGGACGGCUGCAGCUACAACGUGAGCGCUGAGAGAGUGAGGGGAGUGACAGCGGGGAGCACUGCCUUUCUUACUGUGACCACAGUGCCAGCCCGUGUACGCGGACUGUGUGAAAUCAGAGUGUCUGCACGUGAGUUCUCGCUGCGUUGGGAGCAGGCAGUGGGGUGUGUGGAUCAUUAUCAAGUGAACCUGCUGCCAAAUGAGGGAGAAGUCACAGUUCACCAUGCACGUGAUGGAUACGUUCAGGCCGAUGUGGUCAGUGUCACUCCAGGAACACAAUACACUGCAACAGUCACAGCAUCCUCCUCCUCAUUCAUCAGCCCUGGAGUCAGCCGUAUGAUCAAUACCAAUGAAAGCGUUCCUGGUCCACCUUCAGCUCUAGAAGGAGAGGCUGUGGGCUCUAACGGUAUACUGCUUUCCUGGACAAUGCCAUCUGAUGCAAACAAUAUUGACGGAUAUGUUAUCAGGUACAAGGAGGUGUGUCCCUACCCUGAUCCCACCUUCACGCAGGUGACCAAGUACCUGGACAUACCAGAGACCCUGCUCACUGAUUUUACCUCAGGCUCAACAUACCACAUUGAGGUAGCAGCCAUCGCUACAGCUGGAAUAGGAGCCUUCAGCAAGUCUUUAUACAUAAAGACAGCUGAGUCACCCCCUGGCCUGGUGACCAACUUGACAGCGUUUGCUCAGAACCACACCUUCGUCAUGGUUACCUGGUUCCUGCCGCACCGCAUUAAUGGCCUCAUCACAAAAUUUGCUGUUAAGGCUAAACACGCUCGUACCGGGCAGACGGUUCGCACGCUUGAGGUCAAUGCAGAGGACAUCAUGACCGGAGCACUGCCCCACUGCAAUGAUGCAGCUGAUAUCCUCUCCCGUGCUACUGUCAGUCCAUUUGAGAUAACAGCAUCUUUACCACCCAUCACCCUCUCAGCUGUUCCCCCUGCAGCCUCCUGGAGUGUACCCAUAUCAGUGGGAGUUGAUCAGCUACGGCCGUACACUGCCUAUCUGUUCGAGGUGUCUGCCUUCACCUCUGAUGGAGAGGGACAGAUAGCCUCCACUAUGGUCCGCAUGCCAGAAUCAGCCCCGGAAGACCCACCACAAAACUUCAUCGUAUUGAAUAUGACAUCUAGAUCAAUUUCAGUGUCCUGGAGCUCUCCCAAGAUCAUCACAGGAAAAUUCAGCUAUGUGGUCUACCUUCAUGGACCUACAGGUUAUAUGUAUGAAAACAGCACAGGAGACAUGCGGUUUUCCUUCAAUGGUUUAACGCCCUACACACAGUACACUGUGGCUGUCCGAGCCAAAGCUGCUGGAGAAGUGGGUCCAGCAGCUCAGGAGGAUGUCAUCACACCUGCUGAAGCACCCAGUGCCGUUCAGGACUUGGUGGCAAUAGCUGAGGAUUCAGUUUCAAUCCGUGUUAGCUGGAAGAGCCCGGCCCAGCCCAACGGUCGGAUUACCCGCUACAGACUGCAGGUUCUGGUUGACGAGCUUCUGCUGCAGGACAUCACGCUCUCUGCUGAAGUGAAUACAACUGAUAUGUACGAAGAUGAGACUCCUCCUCCUGGUGUCCCUGGACGGCGUAAGAGGACAGUUGAGCUCAGUGAGAUCACAUCACCGCCGACUUUCACUGCCACUCUUUCAGAUCGCACACUGCCCACCGCUGUCACUGCUUCCAGCUUCACACAUUUCAGACUAAGAAGCGCUGACCAAAUCACCAACACAGAAGCCGCCGACUCCAUGGUCACUGAGGAGCCUGGCACCUCUUCAGCUACUGCUUUACCCUCUAACCGUGAAAAUAUCCAAUCUACUGACCCUACAAGUUUAGGGACUGCUGCAUUUUCUCUUACCUCUGUGCCACCUGUUUCGCUUCCACCUUGGCUAACAAAGCAAUCACAUGCUAGGGAUAUGACCUCAGAUUUGCCACCCCUGGCUUUGACCCCAGGCCAGCUCCGAAUGUCGACUCAUUAUGCAUCAAUAACAGGACAGUUUUCAACACGCAAUGCAGCUUCUGGAACUACAGGUGUGACAGUGAGAGAGGAGAUGAUGGAUGUCUUGUCUGAGGAGCUGACUUACCUGGUUUUUGAUCUGAAUCCCUUCACUGAGUACACAUUUAGGGUCACUGCUUCCACUACUGUAGGAGAGGGUCCUGCAAGGGACAUCACUGAGAAGACCAGGGAGCAGGUUCCCAGCUCAGUACUUGAAGUGUCCUAUCAAAACAUCAGCUCCACCUCCAUACAAGUAAACUGGGUCCCUCCACUCAACCCCAAUGGACGGAUCACACAUUACACCGUCUAUGGCCUCAACCUUUACAAUAAUCAGGCCCUGAAGUGGGUUUCUGACACUACUAGCAUACUGAUAACAGAUCUGGAGAAGUAUACUGGCUAUAAGCUACGUGUAGCUGCAUCAACAGCUGUGGGAGAGAGCUCUCUCUCAGAGGAAGAUGAUGUCUUUGUUUUUACCUUGGAGGAUGAGCCUGACUCUCCUCCUGAGAACCUCAUGGUGGAUGACACCACCCCGUCCACUGCCACAUUGACCUGGUCCCCACCGGAGAAAGCCAAUGGGGUUAUCCAAUAUUACGAAAUCAUGUAUGACAACGAAUCCUACUCUGCAUUGAUGAACACAACCUCCAACAGUGUCACUCUGAUAAACCUGAAACCAUUCUCCUACUAUAACGUGUCUGUGAGGGCGUUCACGCGUUACGGCCAUGGCAACCAAACAUCGGACAUUUUAUACCUGCUGUCUGGAGAGGAUGUCCCAGGCAGCCCUCCAUACGGAGUAGCCUCUGAGUCAGUCAGUCCCAGUGAGGUGAAUGUGACCUGGCAGCCUCCUCUGAUGCCAAAUGGAGUUAUUACCCAUUACAGCCUGGAGCUUUGGAAUUCAACUCACUACCUGAACCUCACCUCCCCAACCAACUACAUCCACAUCACACAUCUAAGGAAAUAUGCUCACUACCGGGUUCUGGUGCAGGCGCACACACGUGUCGGGCCUGGAAACUACAGCAGCGAGCCUCUCAACAUCACCACUUUGGAGGAUGCUCCAGACACACCUCCUCAGUUCCUUCAGGCCAGGAAGUUGUCAGACUAUGAGGUAGAAUUGUCAUGGCAACCACCACUUGAAGCCAAUUCAAAAGUACUCUACUACAUUGUCAGAGUUUGGAAUGAAACAACUGAGCUGUGGCAGAAUACAACUACAACAUCUGUGGUCAUUAAUGUGGACUCACAGAGCCGCUACAAUGCCUCUGUCUCCAGCUGGACCAGGCUGGGAGAUGGAGGAGUACUGAUCUACAUCAGCUUUACCACCACUGACGCAGAACCAUUUGACCCCCCACAGAAUGUGACUUUUGCAAAUGUGACUGCCUCCUCUGUCACCUUGCUGUGGCACCCACCCACUGAACCUAAUGGGAUCAUUGUACAUUACACUAUUUACUACUCUGAGAACAACACUGUGAAUAAGCAGAGGGUUCCCGUUUCAACCUUACCCGACCCAGACCUUCCUGAUUCAGCCUUCUCCUACACUCUGGCUCGGCUGAUUGGGGGCACGAACUACACCUUGUGGAUGACCUCCAGCACAGUGCAGGGAGAUGGAGGGGUCCAGAGCGAGCCAGUAACCAUCUUCUUACCGGAGGAUGUACCAAGUGACUCGGUCAAAAACCUAUCGGCUCAGAUCUUCAGCUCUACAGUCAUCAUCGUCAGCUGGGACCCUCCAAUUGAGCCGAACGGCCGCCCAUACUACCUGCUGACCUUACAGGAGGCCGGCAUCCACCCAGAUGUAUCCAACCAAGGCCCCCCAGUUGUAAACAAGACUGUCAAGCACACAACGACAGACACUGUCUUCCUGUUCACCAAACUCAGGAAAUAUUUCCCUUAUGUGUUCACUGUUACCCCGGCAACUAGUGCUGGCGCUGCCUACAACCACACCAGCACAAUGUACCUGAGAACGGAUGAUGACAUUCCUAGUUCUGCUCCGUUGCUGAUGUCCACCAGGAAUCUGUCGUCCUCCUCUAUCAAAGUGGUGUGGAAGCGCCCUCUGGAGGCCAACGGGGAGAUAACAGAGUAUAUUCUCACUCUCAUUGGCCCAGGAGGAUCCAACACAACACAAAUCCCCAGCACCUCGUUCAUCUUAACAAACCUUCUCCCAUACACAGCUUAUAAUCUCACUAUUACUGCUACAACUCGCAAAGGCUCAGGACCUAAUCUGCUGCUUCAGCUGCACACUGAUGAAGGAGGCCCCAUGUCUCCUCCCCGUAACCUGACGAUAUAUAACCACACAGCGGUCUCUGUGUGGCUGAGCUGGGAGCUGCCCCUGGAGCCUAAUGGAGUGGUGAUACAGUACGGCUUCAGGAUCCGAGACCUCAUCACACACACCGUCACACACAGGAAUUCCUCAGGUCCUUCAACCACAGAGUAUCUGUCAGGCUUCAGGCCUCAUAGCUCCUAUGAGAUCAGCGUGUACAGUUACACCAGAGUGGGCCACGGGAAUCAGUUCAGCAGCCCGGUGACCUUCACCACUAACGAGUCAGUGUCUGACGCUGUGGGGAACCUGUCUUGCUCUGGUGUCAGCUGGGAUUCAGUUCAGCUGUCUUGGGAACCUCCAGCUAACCCUAAUGGGCAGAUUCUUUUUUAUGAGAUCCUUAUGGAGGUAGGCUCGCAGUACUCCACACAGCAGGCUCACACACCAGAGUACAUGGUGACUGGGCUGUCACCAGACCAGGAGUAUGCACUCACUGUGUCUGCAGUGAACUCAGCCGGACCUGGAGACAGUAUGAACUGUACUGCUUUUACUCUCUCUGAGUCAGCCCCUGCUGCCCCUCACUUGCUCACCAUAUAUCAGAUCACAUCUAACAAUGUGACUCUGCAGUGGGCACCACCGCUCUCUGUUCCAGGCCUGCUGAAAGAGUACCACAUCAUUGCACAGCUGCUUUCCACUGUUUGUGAUCCAAACAUGCUGACUACCGCACAGCCGGACCCAGAAGACGAAAUGACCCCGGACUGUGUGGACUCUGAAUCGUCUGUGUCAUUGAACGCCUCAGAUGCUACUGAAGGGAUCCUGAGUGUCACACUGCAUUCUCUGGCUAAAUACAGAUACUAUCGCUUCAAAGUGGCUGCAGUGACCAACGCUGGAGUUGGAGAAUACACAAACUGGAACUAUGCACGCACCCUGGCUGGAAACCCUGAUGACCCACCCAGAGACCUGACAGUGACACGCACCUCCAGCAGCCUUCACAUUAAAUGGGACGCCCCAGCUGUUCUCUCUGGACCAACUUCGUAUCUUGUGCAGGUUAAUGGUCCUGAUUUGAACAUCUCAACAGUCCGAGCCCCUGGAGAGUUAAUGACCGUCGUUGUGACUAACUUAACAGCUUUCACUCGUUAUAUUGUGACUAUCACCGCCUUCACCGGUCCACUGCAGCUCGCUGCUGCUGAAGGAAAAGCCAUCGGGCCUAUUGAAAUUCAAACAAUGGAGGAGGAGCCCAAAGACCCUCCCAAGAACGUGAUCUUAUCAGUAAUCCCAGAGGAAGUGAACCGUGUGAAGGUGACUUUUACUCCUCCAGAGGAGCCCAACGGAAACAUAACCGCCUACUUUGUGUACAUCUAUGAGAAAAAUAAGCUGGUAAAGAACGCCAGCCUUAAUAUCACCCAAAGAGACCAAAACAAACUGACUGGUGUCAUUGAAGGACUAAGGGGAGGACAAAACUACAGUAUACAGAUUUCAGCAAAGAAUGGGGCUGGGAGGAGCCCACCCAGUCCACAUGUCCUGAUCACUACAGGGGUCAAAGCCCCGGCCAAGCCAACCCAAAGACCCCAGGCAGUGCAGGGCCAUGGAGGGGUUGCUAUGGUAACCCACAGAAGUAUCACCAUCCACUUGCCUGCCUGUUUCUAUAGUGACGACAAUGGGCCAAUCACAAAAAUCCAGGUCAUCGUAGCCGAGUCAGGGGUGAAGGACGUCCUGAACCUGACCAACUGGAAGAAUGCUUUCCUUUUACGUCCUGCUCCUUACCUGACUGACAAGGGGUUCCCCAACCCGCCAUGUUUUUUGGGUGACGGCGCAUCACGCACAGAUACACAUGUCGGAGGUGGUCACAGAGUGUCCAGAGACGUCAGGCCCCGAGUGAAAUACAAUCACACUGCGGCAGGAACGUACAUGAUCGGAGGAAACGAUGACUGCGUGAAGGAGAACAACACUGAAAGUUUGUGUAAUGGACCUCUGAAGCCAAACACAGUCUAUGUGUUCAAGUUCAGAGCCACAAACAACAAUGACCAAUCUACAGACUCUGAAUACUCAGAGCAUGUCACCACUGCAGUCGACGGGCUGCUGACCAGAGAUGAACAGAUUAUUCUGGGUGUUCUGCUCUCCUUCUUCUUAUCUGUUCUACUCAUCGUGAUCAUCUGUGGCUCAGUCAAGAUCCAUCAGCGCAAGAAAGAGGGCGGGACUUACUCACCCAGAGAGGCAGAGAUCAUAGAGACCAAGUGUAAACUGGAUCAGCUGAUCGCUGUGGCAGAUCUGGAGCUGAAACAAGAAAAACUGAACCGGUACUCUUCCUUCUUCUUUAGACGGAAAGAGAUUUAUGUGAUCCAGCUGCUCAGCUACCGGAAAUCACUGAAGCCUGUGAACAAGAAGUCUUUUCUGCAGCACGUGGAGGAUCUGUGUAACAAUGACAAUGCCAAGUUCCAGGAAGAGUUUGCUGAGCUUCCAAAACUGCUGCAGGACCUGGCAACCACAGACGCUGACCUGCCCUGGAACAGAUCCAAAAACCGCUUCCCAAACAUCAAACCCUACAAUAACAACCGAGUGAAACUGCUGUCAGAACCAGGCACUGCAGGCUCCGACUACAUCAAUGCCAGCUUUGUCUCAGGCUACCUUUGUCCCAAUGAGUUCAUAGCCACUCAGGGUCCUCUGCCCGGCACUGUGGCUGACUUCUGGAGGAUGAUCUGGGAAACGGGAACUCGCACCAUUGCCAUGCUCACUCAGUGUUACGAGAAAGGCAGAAUUCGGUGUCACAAGUACUGGCCAGAGGACAACAAGCCAAUGUCCGUGUUUAGUGACAUUCUCGUCUCCAAAGUGUCAGAGGAGGUCCUCCCUGACUGGACGGUCAGAACCCUUAAAGUAGAAAAGCACGGCCACUACAUCCUGGUUCGCCACUUUAACUACACAUCGUGGCCUGAGCACGGAGUCCCAGAGUCCUGCAGCACUUUCAUCAAGUUUGUAAAAGCUGUCCGAGGCCACAGACACGACAACACCACUAUAGUCGUCCACUGCAGUGCGGGUGUGGGAAGAACAGGUGUGUUUAUUGCUCUCGACCACCUCAUUCAGCACGUCAGAGAUCAUGACUUUGUGGACAUUUAUGGCCUGGUGGCUGAACUGCGCAGUGAGAGGAUGUGUAUGGUUCAGAAUCUGGCCCAGUACAUCUUCCUGCACCAGAGUACGCUGGAGCUCCUUAACAACAAAGGCAACAGCCAGUCCAUCUGGUUUGUCAGUUAUUCUGCUCUGGAGAAAAUGGACUCGCUGGAUGCCAUGGAAGGUGACGUGGAGCUGGAAUGGGAAGAGACCACCAUGUAAGGGACACUUUGACCUGAAGGAGAGUGGCAUUUGUUCGCUGUGGAGGUCUCUUGGAUGUGACGUGUGCACAGCAACAUAAGAAGGAGCCGGAAGAGAAAGAGAAGAUACACUGCGCAGUCUGAACCGAACAACUUAAGAUCUGCUGCUCCACUCUAACCACUUCUCCACGCAGUCCCCACUUAAGGAACCUCUUGUCCACUCUUUUUCAAAGAAAGAACUGAAUACAAAGGAGGACAAAAGAAAAGCAGAAGAGAUGGGGAGCUCACUGUGAAAGCUCUGUCACAUAUGUAAGCCUACAGGUACUUUGCACAAAUUGAUUCCACUGUUCAUGCAUAAUGUUGAUAUCAUCUAUGUUUUUGUAAGAUAAUUUAUUCAGCCAAAAUGGUGUUUUUUGUUUUAACCUUGAUGCAAUUCUGCCUGUGUCAGAGUUUGGACCAUAUUUUCCAUUUUGUUUAUCUUUCUCAAGUGUGAUUUGCAAAAAUAAAACAACUUGUAUUUUU